AUGGAAAUUCCGGCAUUUUACUCUUUGCAGAACUCGGAGGACUCUAGCGAAGGGGCAGCUACACCUCGUCUCGAUCUCAGCUACACGUUAAUGGAUACGAACCAGUCCCAGGAGGCUGAAAAGCACCUGAGUAUGGCCUACAACGAGGAGGCUACAGUUUCCCAGAUGCCCCUGAGCCUGACAUUCUCUAGCCCAGCCCUUUGGUACCAUUUAAGUCGGCAGCCCGAGUUGUUCCGGGAAUUGUCUACCGGCAGCCUGACCGCUUCUCCACCCUGCGUCACGCUUGAGUCGGUGCUGGCUGACAGAUUUGGGGAGGCUUCGGCUUUCGGUAGCCAAGUCAGUCGAGACUACGUGUUCAGCAUGAGCGCUCUACAGGCGGGCUAUUCGCUGCGGACGUCCACCGGUAGCGAGCUCAGCUUCCAAUUCGGCUGCAUGCAGCCGGCCAGAUCGGAGCUCAGCUCUUCGUUGGGUGAGAACGUGUUUGUUGACAUUUUUGGAUGCUAG